CUGUGAGGGGAGAUCUGCUCCUCUGGGUGCCUGCUGCGUGCUGUGCUCUCAGGAGGCCGUAUCGUCUCAAGACCUGUUGCAGUCUCCGAAUAUAAACCCCCCUUUGUUGGGGAGAGGUUGACUUGACUGAGCCGCAUGAUCAGUCAGGUGACAAAAUUGGGCACAAAAGCGGAGCAGAAUGAGCAGCUGGGUGAGGGCAUUAGCUGCUGAUCCUGCCUCUUGACAGGCUGUGUUACUCCUCAGGGAAAAAUGAGUGCCUGGCCCUGUCUUCUGCUGUGGAGCUUAACCAUGGUGUGUUUAACAGGUAUUGCUUUAGGCCAGAUAACCAGCACUGAGGUUCCCAUUGCAUCAACCCCAGCACCUCCCAGUACAGCCAGCACUGAGGUUCCCAUUGCAUCAACCCCAGCACCUCCCAGUGCAACCACUGCUGCAGCCUCUGCUCCCCCAGCUGCUCCUGCAACACUCUCAGCUGGACUGACCCCAACCACUGCAAACCCUGCUGCAUCCACAGCAGCUCCAGCUGCUGAUCCGAGCACAAAAUCCCCUUCCCAGACUCUGCCCACCACCACGGGGACCGCCCCCACCUCUGGCAGCAGGGCUGCCUCUCAAGGGUCUGCAGCACUGACAGUCACAUCCAGCGGUGUCCCAGCGUCCCCUCCAGGAAUGACCACAUCCCCUGGGGUCCCAGCAUCAGCUCUGCUCCCCACCACCCCCCAGCCCUCCAGCUGCAGCACAGUGAAUGUGACAGCCUGUGCCCGCUGCCCCCCUGGGACAGUCCCCACCCAAGGCACCUUGAGCUGCUCGUGCUGCACAGGGGGCUCGUGUGUAGAUCCCAGUGCCUGCAGCCCCUGCCCACCUGGCCACUACCAGCCCCAAAGUGGGCAACCAUCCUGCCUGCCCUGCCCACAGGGGUAUUACACCAGCUUCCCAAGGAGCACCGUGUGUCUUCCCUGCCCACCAGGACAUUUUGCUAAUGAGUCUGGGGCUGCAGCCUGCAGAGCCUGUGAGCAAGGCUAUUUUAGCUCCAAGCAAAAUGCAGCUUUUUGUCUGCCUUGCCGGCCGGGGUCAUUUUGCAACACCAGCAGCUGCUCGGCCUGUCAGUCGUGCCCCGGCGGGCAGGAGGCUCCUCGGGAGGCGUCGGAGCGGUGCGAGGCCUGCCCGGCAGGUACAUUCAAAGGUCCCAGUGAUGACAGAUGCAAGGCCUGCAGGACAGGAGAGUACCAAUUACAGCGGGGCAAGGAGAGCUGUGACCUGUGCCCAGAAAACCACUACUGCCCUAGCCCAGAUGUGAACCCAGUCAAGUGCCCUCCUGAUGCCUUCUGCCCCAGGGGCAGCGUGGAGCCCACCUACUGCAUGGAACUUUUCCUGUACAAGGCAGGGGACUCCUGCCAGCUGACCCCUGCCACUGUCAUUGUGCUGGCCACCUUCUCAGCAGGUGGAAUCAUUGUUGUCUUUCUAAUAAUUCUGAGACAGCGGCAAGAGCACAGCAAGAAAUCCUUGAGGUCUCUGUUGCUGCCCCGGGGCCCGGGAGGACACCCCACGUACGGGGGCAUGGAACACACAGAGCCAGUCUAUGCUGGCUGGUAGCACAGGCCACGAGCAGCAGCCACCUGCCUCUCCCUGCCCUGGGGCAACACAGAUGUGGUUCUGGGCAAGGUGUUUAACCACGAGCAACCUAGUUCUGUAUAGCUGAAAUCCGUGCUGGGAAAUAAAACUCAAGGUUUUGAGUUGUGGCUACUUGUGCAAACCAACCCAGCUCCCUGCUCUGCUGCACUGGGCUAAUGGGAAAAGUCUUCCCCUUCCAGUUCCUGGCUUUAUGCACAAGUAAAUACUUUUCUUCUUUCCUCAGGGGGAAACCCCCCCAAACAGCAAUCAGUCAUACCUGUUUCUCCAUUUUAAGUCAGCUCAACAGCGUGAGGACUGACUCCUCCAGUUAUUGAGGUUCCUUUGCACUAACAUGAAUAUGCCUCCUUUUAAUAAUAUGCAAUUUUUUAUUCUGUUCCCCAUUCUCAAAAUUUUUGCAUAAGCCCAAGUCAAGGAAAGGGAUCCUAAGGCUCUCCCCUUCCUUUCAGCUGUGGGCAAACAUGUACAAGUAAAGUAAUGGUUGAUUCCUGGACAAGUAAGUCCCUUUUGUUUCCUGCUGUCAGGUGGUGCUUCGGAGUGGAGCUAUGAAGGAGCAGCAUGCUGCAGGCACAUACCCUGCACCUUUCUGCAUGCUGAGGAGAGGGGCCUGUAGCAGACCCAGUACCUAAAUGCCUGG